AUGUCUUCCGGUCUCCCCCCAAUCUCUUCAUUGCCUUCCCUGCCACAGGAGCAACAGUUCCAGGCCCUCGACACACUCUUUGAGCCAUCGCCCGAACUGCACGAGUUGAUGAUCCCUGUCUUGGCCAACCAGACAUUUUCAUCAUAUAAUGGUCUCAUCGACGCUGUAGGCGGUCGGAUGGCUGCGCUCUCUGCUGCCAAUUCGCCAAUCGAUCACAAAAUCCUCACUGGGAUCCUGGGUUCCCAUCCGCGCCUCGGGCGGCCCAAGGUCGCGACUACAGAACAUAUGAGUGAGCUCAGUAAGAAAGAGCAGGCAAAUCUGAAUACUGGGGCCGAAGAACAAGCGGAGAAACUACGACUCUUGAAUGCCGAAUACGAGGAGAAAUUCCCGGGUUUGAGAUUUGUAACGUUCGUCAAUGGACGAAGCCGAGAUGUCAUUAUGGCAGAAAUGCGCCGGAGGAUAGAUAGAGGCGAUGCCGAACGGGAGAUCCAGGAGACUAUCCAGGCAAUGUGCGAUAUAGCCAAGGAUCGAUCAAGGAAGUUGGAACAAUCGGCUCGGAUUUGA